AUGUGGAAGACCUUGGUAAAACAGUUGAAUCAGGAGCUCAAACUAGCUCAAAGAAAGGUUGCUGCAUGUCAAGAAUCGUUGAAGUAUGAAAAACGAAAAGCUCGUCUUGCCUAUGAAAAAUUUCGUUUGAUCACUGAGCGCAAACCUUUUGACAAUAUUGAACUCGAACUUGCAAACCUUGCUCCUGGCAAAACCACGUCAGUACCUUUCGACAACACUAGAGCAAAGCAGCUUUUGAGGUCGUCUAACGAUAUCAACAAUCUCAAAAACGUCGUCCAUCAUCUUCGAUCACUGCGUGUGUACGAUGAGUUGUUAGAAAGGUAUAAUCCAGGAAUAUCGAUGUCUCAGGAGGACAAUGUCAAAAAGACUGCAAAUAUGGUUGGCUUGCAGGUUCCCGGAAAACACUGA